AUGGGAAGAGAGAAGGAUGCGAAAAGAGAAGGGAAGGCCAAGCACAAAGCGAAGCUGAAAAAGCUGAGCGAUUGUGAAAGUGCUGGUGCGGGGGGAGACGCGAUCAAGAACAGUGCGAAGUCAACUAAAUCUACAGAGAAAACUGUUAAUGGAAACUCUCAUAAGAAGGUCAAGACACCUAAGACGGACCCCCUGGAGUCAGCCGGCAGUCCCAGUGAUGAAAUGGUGAAAGAGGAGCCAAUGGAUGAUGACUUUACUGCAAACAAGAAAGGGUUGAAAAGGAAAAGAAUUAAGGAUGAGCCCAUGGAAGGCCCUUCACAUUCCACUGUUACACCUUCCUCAAAGAAAAAAAAGAAGCAACAUGGGACAGAGGAUGAAAGCAACAGAGAAGCUCAGAAAAAGAAGAGACAAGAAAAGACGGUAAAGAAAGAGGAAGGAGAGCAUCCCAUCUCUAAAAAACCCAAGAGGACAAAGGAGGAGAUUGAGGAGGCAAGACAGUUGAAGAUCAAAAAGAAGGAGGAGGAGGAGCAGAAUCGCUGGAGAUGGUGGGAGGAAGAGAAGUAUGAAGAUGGGGUGAAAUGGAGGUUCCUCGAACACAAUGGACCCUACUUCCCUCCUGACUACCAGCCUGUGCCAGACAACGUUCACUUCUACUAUGAUGGUAAGAAGGUGAAGCUGAGUCUUGCAGCUGAGGAAGUGGCGUUGUUCUUUGCCCAGAUGUUGGACCAUGAAUACACAACCAAGAAGGUGUUUCGAGAGAACUUCUUUAAAGACUGGAGGAAGGAAAUGACCCAUGAAGAGAGGUCACUGAUUCAAGAACUUGACAAAUGUGACUUUGGAGAGAUCCAUGCUAUGCAUAAAGCCAAGGUGGAGGCCAGGAAAAACAUGACCAAGGAGGAGAAACUGGCUUUGAAAGAGGCCAACCAGAAGAUAGUGGAUGAGUAUGGCUACUGUCUACUUGACCACCACAAAGAGCGCAUUGGCAAUUUUAAGAUUGAGCCUCCAGGGCUGUUUCGGGGUAGAGGCGAGCAUCCCAAACAGGGCAUGCUGAAGAAAAGGAUCCAGCCAGAGGAUGUCGUCAUCAACUGCAGCAAAGAAGCCCGUAUCCCUGUGCCGCCUGCUGGUCACCACUGGAAGGAGGUUCGACAUGACAACACCGUGACUUGGCUGGCCAGCUGGACUGAGAACAUCCAAGGCUCCAUUAAAUACAUCAUGCUCAAUGCCAACUCAAAACUUAAGGGAGAGAAGGACUGGGAGAAAUAUGAGGUUGCUCGGAAACUGAAGUUGUGCGUGGACGACAUCCGUAACCAGUACCUCCGGGAUCUCAAAUCUAAAGAGAUGAGCACGCGGCAAAGGGCUGUGGCCCUCUACUUCAUAGACAAGCUGGCACUGAGAGCUGGCAAUGAGAAGGAGGAGGGAGAGACGGCUGACACUGUGGGCUGCUGCUCGCUCCGCGUCGAACACAUCACCCUCCAUGAGCAACUGGAAGGCAGCGAGUGUGUGGUGGAAUUUGACUUCCUGGGUAAAGACUGCAUUCGCUACUACAACAAGGUCCCCGUCAUCAGGAAGGUUUUUAAGAAUCUUAAACUGUUCCUGGAGAACAAGCAGCCUGGAGAUGACCUCUUUGACCGCCUAAAUACAAACAUGUUGAACAAGCACCUGAGUUCUCUAAUGUCAGGUCUGACUGCGAAGGUCUUCAGGACAUAUAACGCCUCCAUCACUUUACAGCAGCAGCUCAAAGAGCUCACAAACAAGUUGGACAGUAUGGCAGAGAAACUGCUGUCCUACAACAGGGCCAACAGAGCAGUUGCUAUUCUGUGUAACCACCAGCGGGCGCCACCAAAGACCUUUGAUCAGUCUAUGGCCAACCUUCAGGCCAAGAUUGAUGCUCGAAAGGAACAGCUGGCGCAAGCAAAGAUGGAGCUGAAACAGGCCAAGAAGGAGACCAAGACCAAAGGCAGCUCAGACCCCAAGCUGCAGAUGCUGGUGAAGCGGAAGAAGGCGGCAGUGAUUCGCUGUGAGGAGCAGCUACUGAAGAUGGAGGUCCAGGCAACUGACAGAGAAGAAAACAAACAGAUUGCGCUGGGUACCUCCAAGCUCAACUACCUGGACCCACGCAUUAGCGUGGCUUGGUGUAAGAACAUGGAUGUACUCGUAGACAAAAUCUACAAUAAGAGCCAAAGGGACAAGUUCGCCUGGGCCAUCGACAUGACGGAGGCAGACUUUGAGUUUUAA